AUGCUCUUCAAAUACUUUUCCCUAGCUCUGCUGGCUUCAGCUACACAAGCUAUCCCUGUUGCAGACAUCGAGCAGUCCGAGGAUGAUUUUGUACUCUUCAAACGUGACAGUGUCCUGUCCGCCCGCGACCUCGAGCUUGCUGAUAUCCAUGGUGUUAAUAUGACCGAGAUGUACAAGCACUCCAUGUUUAAGCGCGGUGAUGGGGACCACAUCGUCAUCUGGGUCGCCCGUAGCUUCUUAGAGCAUCAAGAUGGGACCUUGAUGAAACGCCAGCAGGCUCGUCCCGGCAAAAAUGGCAACUACAGGGACAACCGGAUUUCUGACCAUUGCGAUCGCCACAGCAGGCAAAACCACGCAGGACCAAACGGACCCUACUCAGGCGGUGUACAGGCCAUGUAUCGCUGGGCGGAUAGCCACCGCGGUAUCUUUAGUGUCACGACUAGCUGGGAGAACUUGAUGAUUGCUGGGUCAAACACUGGCGCCAAUGCUGUCUAUAAGGCCAAGACUAAGGAUGGUAGAGGCGGCACGAAUAUUGGUACUAUGGACGUACGUAACGAUGCAGACUGGACACAAUACAGGGCCAUUGAGUUUAGUGGCCGAUGGAGGGCUUCUUCCAAGGGAGAAGAGAGUUGUCAGGGUGGUAAACGCAUCUCCUAUGAGAUUGUAAGGAGUGAUUAUCGCGUCUAG